UUCCUCUCCUUAUAUGUUUCCCCUUUAAUUUUUAUUAAGAUCAACUAUAUCUGUCAAGUUCUAGCAGACCCUGUUAGUAGUGGCGGUUUUAUGCGUCAUUACUGGUUCCUUUCUCAACUAUCAGCAGUUUAUUCUUUGGGGACAUGAUGUAACAGUGUGAAAAGCUGCUUGCACUUAAAGCUCAAUUUUCUCUUCCACAGACACUAACAGACGACUAUUCUGACAGCAAUUCCACCUUCAUCUGGAGUGCAGGCUAAUUAUCACUCGGUGUUUCUUUUGGUGUAACAUUUUCUAUACUGUGUGGCUACGCCAAGUAGGAUGGCAAGUGCAGGUCCAGCUCCCUCUGCAUCUGCAGAAAACUCAAGCCCUGGUGGGGCAAGUGGAAGCAGCAACGGAGAUGGCAGCAGCCAGGAUAGCACAUUUGAGUGUAAUAUAUGUCUGGACACAGCCAAGGAUGCAGUGAUCAGCCUAUGUGGCCACCUGUUUUGCUGGCCAUGUUUGCACCAGUGGUUGGAAACACGACCUAACCGUCAAGUUUGUCCAGUUUGCAAAGCUGGAAUCAGCCGUGAUAAAGUGAUCCCUCUAUACGGGAGAGGAAGCACUGGACAGGAAGAUCCCAGAGAGAAAACUCCACCAAGGCCCCAAGGGCAAAGACCGGAGCCAGAAAAUAGAGGAGGCUUCCAGGGAUUUGGAUUUGGAGAUGGAGGGUUCCAAAUGUCCUUUGGAAUUGGAGCAUUUCCUUUUGGAAUAUUCGCUACAGCAUUUAACAUUAACGAUGGCCGCCCUCCCCCAGCAGUUCCUGGGACACCUCAAUACGUAGAUGAACAGUUCCUAUCACGUCUCUUUCUCUUCGUUGCCUUGGUUAUAAUGUUCUGGCUUCUGAUCGCCUGAAGUAAUCUCCCAGUGAGCGGCACUAUGGACCGUACCCCUUCAAAGACUACAUUCCCACCAUUGCAUUAUUUUUUUCCAGUUCUUUGCCCCCUCAUCUUGUACAGUCAUCAGAUUCCUGCUCUCCAGUGCAGUUGUGUAUAGUGGAAGAGGGAAAUACUGCACUUUGGAGAGAGAAGCAAUAAGUAUUACUAUUACCUAAAAUGGUUCCAGAUUUGGGUAAGCCAGAAGGGCGGCAGUAGAAGAUGGGGAUGGGAGUAUGGGAUAAAAGUAUAAGCAACAUUUGAAGAACACUACAUACCUAAGCAAUGUGAACAUAUUUAGUUCUGAGCAAGAAGUUCAUUGCAAUAAAAGUGGAAAGUCAGUAUGCUGGUGAAGGACAGCAUAACGAAAUCCAGGAUACAAAACAAGCGCAGCAAAAGAUAUCAUAAUGCAGGAAGCUGUGGAAUAAUUGCAACAUAACACAGAGUAAAGAUGGCAUAGAAGAGGUGGAGAACAAUUAAAAGGCUGUACAGGGGCAAUGGAGAGCAUCUUAAGGCUGUUAGUCACACUGGGGAGAGCAGUGUUAAGAGUACGGAAUUCAAUGUGAAUUUCAGUGAUUUUUACUGGCUGGCAUUUGUCCAGCACACCCAAUGGUCUGUUUAUUGGAUCUUCUGAAGAAGGAGAACCCAUGGACUCUAUGGUGUACCUUUCGUACUUCCUUUGUGAGCUGGACCUGGGAAUAGAAGGGUGAUAAUUCCUCAAUUUUAUGAGAUUUAAAUGAAUUUACUAUAAUUAAAUUGCACUAUUUAAA